CCUCCCUGGAUCAUAUAUACUCACACAUACAUCUCAAAAAAAACCCUAGCAACCAGAGGCGUUCAUUUUUGCAGAGCAACCAGAGGCGAAGCAGCUCGUUCCGAUCCAACUCACCAACUGUUCUUCAACAUGGCGACUCAGUUGAGCAAAAAGCGAAAGUUCGUCGCUGACGGCGUGUUUUUCGCUGAAUUGAACGAAGUAUUGACAAGAGAGCUAGCUGAGGAUGGAUACUCUGGUGUGGAAGUUAGAGUCACUCCGAUGCGCACUGAGAUUAUUAUUCGUGCUACUCGAACUCAGAAUGUUCUCGGUGAGAAGGGAAGGAGGAUUAGGGAGCUGACAUCUGUUGUACAGAAAAGAUUCAAGUUCCCUGAAAACAGUGUUGAGCUUUACGCUGAGAAGGUGAACAACAGGGGUCUCUGCGCUAUUGCUCAGGCUGAGUCUCUCCGAUACAAGCUUCUCGGGGGACUGGCAGUUCGAAGGGCCUGCUAUGGUGUUCUGAGAUUCAUCAUGGAGAGUGGAGCCAAGGGCUGUGAGGUCAUUGUUAGUGGAAAGUUGAGGGCUCAGCGUGCCAAGUCCAUGAAGUUUAAGGAUGGGUACAUGAUCUCUUCCGGUCAGCCAGUGAAGGAGUACAUCGACUCAGCCGUUAGACACGUGCUUCUUAGACAGGGGGUCCUUGGUAUUAAAGUUAAGAUAAUGCUCGCAUGGGAUCCUAAAGGAAAGCAAGGACCAAUGACACCUCUUCCCGAUCUGGUGACAAUUCACCCCCCUAAAGAGGAUGAGGAAUAUCGUCAACCUAUUGCCACCACCAUGCUGCCAGCAGCUGAUAUCGAUCUUGGUGCUUCACCCAUGCCCGGCCAGAUCCCAGUUGCUUAAAAUAUUUAUCAUGCAAGACUUGAAUCUUUGAUAAACUGUUAUUUACUUGCAACAGCGGAUUUUAGUUUUCUUUUGCCUGCCAGUUCUGUUAAUCUGUGGGAAUAUUUUGUUUGGUAUCUCAUACCUAGUACUUGCCAGGAUAUGUUUUCAGUUGCCUUUGAUUUAUUUUAAUGCAACUAUUAUCUGUGAAA